AUGCCGAAAAGUACACGAACUUCCGGGCACGCGUUUGUCAAUGAAGAUUCGUUUAUCGAAGAAUACGAUGGUCCGUUGGAAGAGUUGGUGCCGCUGACCGAAAUGGAGUAUGCUUCGACUUCUUACUCCUUCCCUUCGUCUUCCAAUGGCAUCAGUUCUACGAUCCACCAUGGAGUCGGCGAUUUUGAAGACGGACGUUCCGCUGAUUAUCGUGCGGUGAGAAAAGUGUUUAUCGAAGAGGACGACACCGGGAUGCAUUUCGAUUGGCCGAUUUAUAGUAAAGAACAGCUCGGUGUUGCACGCGUAGCCUGUAUUCUACAACAAAUCAGCAACGAAAACCCGGCACUGAUCUGCGAUUCGAUUCCGCACGAGUUCACCGGGUCUGGGGGUUUUGUGGUCAAAUUCCAGGCUCCGGAGCUCUCGUUUGUGGAUGAUUCACUGGGCGAAUGGAAUUGCGUGUCCGAGACGGAGUGCCAUUUUACGAAAAAUGCAGCGGGGAAGAUGGUGCAGACGAGGGGACGGCCUUCUAAUCUAAAGGUGAAAUGCACCGAAUAUCUACACCCGGGCACCGAUUUUCGGCUUGGGAAAUUUACGAAGAAGAUCUACACUGGCGAAUCAAACACCCCAGAAAUGCUAAAAUGCAUCGUCAUCACCUACGAAUGGACCGGAACCCCGCAUCCACUGGCUGUGGAAUAUGAAGCGGCCGAGCCCUUCGAAGAAUCCGUAGACGAUUUGGCGACUUGCCAACCGGAUGGGAGACAUGUUCCAAAGGACGUCGUCCAACCACUAAACUUUGACGGGAUCUGCAAGAUUUUCCUGGGAUGCUUUCACAUUGCGGAGGGAAGGAUAUGCGCGGCGGCACCGGCAGAUUACCGUCAGCAGGGCACCUUUAUUGUCGACAAGACCCGGCUCGGGGCCGCGUACCUGUCACGCGAUAAGCUGAAAUGGACCAAGCCCAGCGGCACGUCGAGAUUCUUCCAAUUCAAAAACGACGUGGCCGUCCGCGUGGAACCUGGCGCACGACCCGAGACGCGUGCAUAUGACGUGAAGAUCUUCUGCAAGCGCUACGACAGCGAGGAAGCGGGGCUGAAGGGAUUCGUCCGGAAAAUCUACACUUGCACGGGACCUGAACACGACGAGAAAUGCAACUCCCAUCUGGCUGUCAUCGUCUAUUCGUGGAAGCAGCAGGAAAGUGCGGCCGCCAACGAAAAGCCUGCCACCACUUCCGCGACCCCAAUCAAGAAGCGGCGGCUUGAUAAUGCUGUUGAUGUCGAGCGUUUGACUACACCUGAUUUUUCGGCUGAAAAUGGACCGGAGGAAGGGGAAUUAAGAAGAAAAAUUUUACAGAAAUCGCUAGAAAACCAAAACCGGAUGGGCGAGCUGCUCGAUAGAGCCGAGCGAGUACUGGAGCGUUUUGAGAAGAUGAGUCAGAAAGGAGGUGUCAAAGAUCAAUCC